CAAGCUAGUGUGGGUAGUGUGUGUUGUGUGGGUUGUGUGGGUCGGGUUCCAUGGACACAAAUACAAUGUUAGGUUGAUUUAAAGGUACAUACAACUUCUUUUGCUAGCGAGAUGACGAUUUAAAAUUUCUUCAAAGUUUUAUCCUACAUCUCUAGACCCAUCUCCAGUCACCAUGUCGUCCCACCUGAGAAGUUUACACCUGUGGUUUGGUCUGUGUUUGGUUGUAUUGACGUCUGGCGUCAACUCCGUGACGCUGACUCACGAGCAGCAAGUCAGUGACGCAGUGGCUGAGUUAACUGGUGCUUGUAAAAGUUUGGUAGAGAAAAACAUUCAUGAUGUGUUGAUGUCAGGGUGUAGCACGUUCGAGGCCUUUCAAAUUUCUUUUACCGGCAGCUGUAACAAGACGCAGUUAGACAAGAUACACACAGCGGUUUGCAACUUCAUCCCACUGUCAACGACAACAGCAACAACCGCGAAAUUUACAACACUUACACAAAGUACCACACCACCACCACCACCAACCUCGAAAUUUACAACACUUACACAAAAUACCACACCAACCACAAUAAAAACAACGCCACAUUACGUCACAACUAGCACACUAUCAACAUCUACACCACACACUGUAUCAACAACUGUUCAACAUGCUAUCAACAUCUCGAUGUUCUUGCCAUUGGCCCAGACACACAAGGAGUUAGUGGAUUACGUCAUCGCCAACAUUUCUUCAGACGACUGUCGAAGUAUGAUACACGUAAAUAUCGGGAAGAUCGUAUCAGAAAAUGAUACCAGCUGGUGUGGGAAAUUAGACGCAGUUCAACGUUUUUUGAUGACCAAAUGUGGACAAAAUGAUUUUAACAAUUUUAAAGAAGCGGUGUGUAUGACAUUUGUUAAAACAGCAUCAACCGCCACAACAGCAACCACCAUCAAACCAGUAGCAACAACAUCAACCACCAAACCAACUGCAACCACAUCAGCAACAACUACCACACCUGCAACAACCACCAAACCAGCAUCAAUCACUACUACACAGACAACACUAACUACCAAACCAUCAACAACAACUACCGCACCACCGACAACCACAAAACCAGCAACCACCUCUACAACACCGAAUACAACAACUACCAUACGCGUAACAUCCAACAAACCAGCAACAACUACUACCACACCGACAACAACUACCAAACCAGCAGCAAUCCAAACCACACCGACAAUAACAACUACCAAACCAAGUACAACUACCAUCACACCACCGACAACCACCAAACCAACAACCACUACUACAACACAAAAAACAACAACUACCACACCACCGACAACUAUCACACCAGCAACAGCUACUAAACUUACAACAACUACUAUAACAGCGACAACAACAACAGCUACCACACCGACACCAACAAGUAACACAUCAACAGCAACAACUACCAAACCAGCAGCAAUCACAACCACACCUACAACAACAACUACCAAACCGAGUACAAUUACUAUCACGCCACCGACAACUACCAAACCAGCUACAAACACUACAACACCAAUAACAUCAACUACAAAACCGACAACAGCAACUACCCAACUGGCAACAACUACUACCAUAACAGCAACAACUACAACACUGACAUCAACUACCAAACCGACAACAACAACUCCCAAACCGAGUACAAUUACUACCACACCACCGACAACUACCAAACCAGCUACAACCACUACAACACCGAUAACAUCAACCACCAUACCAACAACAAAAACUACCAAACUGGCAACAACUACUACCACACCAGCAACAACUACUACCACACCAGCAACAACUACUACCACACCAUCAACAACUACUACAACACCGACAACAACAACCUCCGCACCAACAACGACUAUUACCAUGCCAUCACCGACCUCAGCCAAAAGCCCAUCACCUUUAUUGACCGCACUACUGUCUAGCACAACUCGAGAAAUAUCAACACCCAGUCAGGCCUCCACGGUACACAAGGAGAAAGUCUGUGAUGACGUCGACACUUCUUGUGUACGGGAAGACCCACUCCAGGCAGUGAUAAACACCUUGACCUUCAGGUGUAAAAGUACCAUGUCUGCUGGUUGGAAAGAACUCAAGUCCCCAGGUGGAUGUUCUACUCUGGAAUCUUCUAGAACCACAAUCUUAACCACAAACAUCUGCACGCUGGGAGACUAUAACCGCCUCCACGGGAUUUUGUGUUCACAGGACAAGUUGGAUCCGAACCAGGUACUGUCUCAAGGCAUCAAGUUCGACAACGCCAUCAACACGGUGCAAACAAAAAUUUCCCAGAGUUGCCAUGCCAUCAUCUGGGCGGACCUCCAACACGGAGACUUUAGUCUGGACUCCGUCUGUCUCAAGCUGAAAUCUUCCGGUGAGAACCUCAUCGCCAACGGUUUCUGUACACACACGGACAUCGCUACACUCCAGCCAUCGGUGUGUGUCGGGCAUCGGGUGUACGGCGCCAGCGAGCGGGAGACACGUGACCAGAUCCAUCACGUGAUCGAGUCCAUGGGGCAGACGUGCCAGCAGACGAUGCUGGAGCAGGAGCGUCAGAUGCAGGACUCCGCGUUGGAGUCAGGCUGCGUCAGACUCAAGGCGUCACGCUCGGCUCUCAUUAACACGCAGGUGUGCAGCGAAGCGGAACUGUCCCCCCUCACCCCCCUGCUGUGUGGGAAUGUCGCCUCUAGCAUUAGUGGGGGUUGUGUGGUGCUACUCCUGGUGUGUCUAGGAACCUUCUGGCGACUGGUGCCUUGUAUCUGAGACUGCCUGCCUGCCUGGCGACUGGUGCCUUGUAUCUGAGACUUUGGUGACUGCCAGAUCUAAAAAACUGUCAAACCUGUAUAUUAAAACUUUCUCUCUUGAUAUGUUGUUGGGUCGUCCCCAGCGAAAUUAAGAAACAGUGAACAACUUUGUGAACAUUUAAAUGCAAAAUUUUACAAAAAUACUUUGUAAAAUCUAUAAUCAAUAUUAACAAUUUAAUUUAGAAACAUUUACAUCUUUGCUAUGUACAUGAUUUGAAUGUAUUGGCAGCACAAACUUUGGUAGGUUAACAAAGAUUGGACAUGUUAUAAUUUUUUACAUUUUCUCAUUGUGUAUGUAGAUGCAAGUUAUAAUUGUUUUCAUCUUUUGUGAAUGGAUGUAUAUUGCAUGCUAGUAAAAAGCUGAC